AUGGCACAACCCAUCGAUGACUCCAUGCCAGCGCGGGUUGCCGAAGAUUGUCCUGAAAAUAUCAAGCACAUUCUUUAUACUGCAUGGGGUCAUGACCUUGACGGGUUAAAAAAGAUCUUCAAGGCUCGCCCUGAGGCCAAUGCGCCCUCUUAUUUUACCUAUGACCACUCUGUUGCCAAUGCCCAAGACCCUGAGACGAAAGAGACACCUCUCCAUGCUGCCGUCCGCGCCUGCGGCCCCGCCGAGAAGACCAAUGAUAGCGGCAAACAAGAGGAGGACGGCGCCGUAGAGGACGGCGUCGUAGAAGAGGCAAAAGAAAUUAUUGAGGAGUUGUUCCAGUCUGGUGCCAUUUGGAACACCCUUGACAACAACGAUGAGACCCCUGGUUGCGUGGCCUUCAGGCUAGGUCGAACAACCCUGUAUAAAAUGUUUGUUUCAAGAGGCGAAAUAACAGAACGUCUGCUGUCCGACGAUGUGGGAUAUGAAGCGCUGCCAUCAGAGGACGGGGGGGAGGAAGCCGCCGCUGGGGCCACAGUUGACGACGACGCCAUGGACGUUGAGGAUGAAGCCCCUCAGCUGGUCACCGCAGAUGAGACCGAGUUGGUUUCUCCAGAGGAUGACGAGAAGCCGGUAACGAGCGACGAAUACCUCAAGUCAGAGCUAACCUACGACGAUGGGAAACUCGUCGACUCUGACCUCAACGGUGUGAUGAUGGCCUGGGAGACCGACAUCAUGAAGCGUUCUGUAGCCGCUCUGUUGCCCGAUGCUCCCACCGGCAAGCGAAUUUUGAACAUCGGUUUCGGAAUGGGUAUUGUCGAUGGCAUGUUCGCCGAAUUGAAGCCCUCCCGUCACCAUAUCAUCGAGGCCCAUCCCGCCGUCUUAGAGCACGUUGCCAAACCAGACUCCAAGUUCGGUCCCAGCUGGGAGAAGAGCGGGCCCGAGGAGGACGCCUACAAGAUUCAUGCAGGGAAAUGGCAGGACGUAGUACCCAAACUGAUGGAGCAAGGAGAGGUGUAUGACGCCAUCUACUUCGACACAUUUGGGGAAGACUACUCGGAGCUGCGCAAGUUCUUUUCUGAAUACCUCUUGGGCCUGUUGGAUGAAGAGGGCCGAUUCAGCUUCUUCAAUGGCCUUGGAGCCGACAGAAGGAUAUGCUAUGAUGUCUACCUCCAGGUAGUAGAAGCGCAUGGAAAUGAUGCUGGCUUCGACAUUUCAUGGGAGGAGAUUGAUGUCGAUAUGUCCGCCCUCGCCGAAGCUGGAAAGGGAGAGUGGGAGGGUGUUCGUAGACGAUACUGGACACUUGACAAAUACAAGCUCCCGAUCUUUACGUUCAUGGGCUAG